AUGGCUGAAGGUUUUUCUCGUGAAACUGCCUCUCACGAACUACGUGAAAGUCAGGAAAGUGUAUUAACAAUUUUGCAUUUCAAUGAUGUAUAUGAGAUCGAGUCUAGACACGAGGAACCCGUCGGUGGUGCAGCGAGGUUUGCUACAGCUGUCAAAGAAUUCCAUUAUCUGAAUCCAUUUGUAGUUUUCAGUGGUGACUGUUUGAAUCCUUCAUUGUUGAGCAUGAUUACAAGAGGAAAGCAUAUGGUGGAUAUUCUUAACCAGCUGGGGGUGCAUUGUGCAGUAAUUGGUAAUCAUGAAUUUGAUUUUGGGGUAGACGUCCUCGAAGAGCUGACACCGCAAAUGAACUUCCCCUGGUUACUUAGCAAUGUUUACGACAGGUUCACCUCACAGAUGCUUGGUCACGGCGUUGAGAACACUAUUGUCACAUGGAACGGCCUGAAAAUUGGUCUCAUGGGCCUGGUUGAGGAGGAGUGGUUGGACACACUGGGAACAGUGAACAAGACAAACAUCCAGUACGUGGAUUAUGUCUCUACCGCCGACCGUCUCUCAGAGCAGCUGAGAGCCAAAGGGGCAGAACUGGUCAUAGCUCUAACUCACAUGAGGUGGUGUAACGACAUUAGGUUGGCCUCUGAAUCCAAAGGUUUGGAUCUUAUCCUUGGAGGACAUGACCAUGAGUAUGGAGUUCUCGAGGUGAACGGAAUCGUCAUUGUGAAAAGCGGGUCCGAGUUCAGAUAUUUGUCAAAAGUGGACGUGGUGUUGAACGCCGACAUGACCUACGGUUUCAGCGUUCAGAAGAUCUCCAUCUGUAGUCGUUUUGAAGAAGACCCGGGCAUUAAAGAGAUUGUACACAAGUACAGGAACGAUGCUCAGUUUUUGCAAGAUGAAGUGUUGUGCCACACGGAUAUGGAGCUGGAUGGGCGGUUUGGCACAGUGAGACGCAGAGAGUGUAGUCUGGGAAAUCUAAUCACCAAUGCCAUGUUGGAAGCCACCCAUGCUGAGGUGGCAAUCUUGAACUCAGGCACUUUGCGUUCAGACCGCAUGCACCCAGCAGGCAAGAUAACUAUGUAUGACCUCAUGCAAAUCCUGCCUCUCGUGGACUACGUGGUCACGUUAGAGGCCACCGGCCGAACGCUUUACGAGGGGCUUGAAAACGGAGUCAAGAACUAUCCUGCCUUGGAUGGAAGGUUCCCCCAGGUUGCUGGUGUACAGUUUGGCUUUGAUCCCAAAGCGCAGCCUGGCUGUCGGAUUGUUCCAGAAACUAUUAGGAUUCAAGGUCAAACUCUAGAUAUGGACAAAAAGUAUUUAGUUGCCAUGAAGGAAUAUCUUGCCAAGGGUAAAGAUGGCUACACCAUGUUCUCAAACUGUAAGCGGGUGUUUGACAUUGAGAAUGCUCAGACUCUAUCCACCAUUCUCAUCAACCAUUUUGAGUCAGGCAAUAUUGUCAAAGGCCUGAAAACCUGUAAGUCAGGCCACAGAAUGGGCCUCAUCAAAGUCUCCUGCAGUCCUUCCGUUACAGCUAUUGAGGAGGAUACAGCUAAAGUGACUGAUCUAGGAGUGACUAUUGUGCCUAGGGUGGAAGGCAGGAUUUUCCAUCUGUCCAAAGACAGCCAAUCACAGACGGACUCUUAA